CUGAUACUCAUCCAAUACGUCCGAUCUUAUAGACAUAGCAACAUGCUGAGGCUCACAAUUGCUCUUUGUGUCCUGGCCAUAAGCUGGGCACAAGAUUGUCAAGUUAGCAACAUCCCAGUAAAGGAGGACUUUGACAAGUACAGGUUCCAAGGAACAUGGUACGCUGUAGCAAAGAAAGACCCAUCAGGACUUUUCCUUCUGGAUAACGUUGCUGCCACUUACAAAGUGGACACUGAUGGCAGAAUGACAGCCAGUGCUUAUGGCAGAGUCAUCAUUCUGAAUAACUGGGAGACAUGUGCCAUCAUGUUUGCCUCUUUUGAAGAAACCCCAGACCCUGCCAAGUUCAAGCUGAAAUACUGGGGUGCAGCUACAUAUCUCCAGAGUGGAUAUGAUGACCACUGGGUCAUUGAUACCGAUUAUGACAACUACGCCGUGCACUAUGCCUGCAGAGAGCUGGACACAGAUGGCACAUGCCUGGAUGGCUACUCCUUUAUUUUCUCCCGCCUCCCAAAUGGCUUGAGGCCUGAGGACCAAAUUAUUGUGACACAGAAGAAGCAAGAAAUCUGUCUUCUUGGCAAAUACAGGCGGGUUGCCCACAACGGUUUCUGUGGUGCCUGAUUCCAUCCUACUCAAGGAUUUUCAAUAACCUUUUUUAAUUUUCAUGUCAAUACAAGUGUAAAUGAAUAUAAAAUAUUAUGAAUGUAAUUCAUUAUCCAAAACAGAACUGUAGCAUUGAAAUAAGUGUAUAACGACUCUUCUACUAUGGUUGUAUUAGUUAACCUGAACUUUUUAAAAUAAAAUGUUCAUGUUGGA